UAAAAUUGCUAAUAGGUGUCGCAGCCGUCGAACCGUCCGCCAUCAUUGUGUUUGCGGCAAUUUUGCCGCCACUUGGCCAGGAGGCCAUAGACGCCAGAUUCGCAAAGUUAGUUUUUUUAUUUGUUUCUAGAGUUCUCUUCCCGGUGUUUGUAUUUUUUUCCUGAAAAAUUAGUGAUAGGUGUUUUUUUUUUCUACCUGUAUAAAACUGUUUUGGCAGGCAGAACAACAAUCGAUAACCGAAAAUGUUUUACCCUCUUGGACUUCUGCAUCAUCCAAAUAGGGUGGUGCUAAACUUGGCAUGGGUAGCAGCAACUCGGGGUACCAAAUCGAUUACACGUGAUCAACUUGAUAAAUGUGAUGUAGCGAAGUUAUGCAAAACAAUUCUACGGUUUCUUCAGAGCCAAUCUUCUGAUCCCAAAAAAAGAUUUUCCUUGAGAUUAUCUGCAAUGUUUGUUCAUGGUGCUCUCUUAAUUUGGGGCAAACAGGUGGUCUAUUUACAAAACAUUUUUGUAGAUGAUGUUUUUCUAAUGAUAAAAUCAAGACAGGAUGAAAGCUAUCGUCGCGACGUCAUGUUGAAGGAUCAAAAGGAAACAACCCAGGAGUCCGCCAAAACUCUGGCGGCCGCUAAAAAGAAGCGGAAAGUUACAAAAAAAAUUAUGGAUACUCCUGAGUCUUUGAUCGAAAUUUCAGAACGCAUGCCAGCGAUUGUUGAUGAAUUGAGCAAGCAAAUCAAGGACACAGGGAUUGCCCAAACCUCACCAGACGUAACAAUGAUCCAACCAGAAGCAAGGCAAUGGACAGGAGAUCCAUUUCCUUUGACUGCUGAUGUAGAAGUAGAAGGUUUAUUACAAGAUGCGAGACAACCAUUGCCGCAUAAAAUAGUUGUAGAGGCACUUGUACAUAGGCCUGCUGAACUAGAGGAACCAUUAUCCACUGUUCAAGCACAGGUACCAUUACCCACUGUACAACCGGAGGUAUCAGUACCUCCUGUUCAACCGGAAGAUGCCAUUGUACCAAUGCCGGAGGAAACUGUUAUACCGGAAAAGCAGCCAGUGGUUCCAGAAGAAAUGCCACAAGUGUUCAAAACACCUAGCAAGAAGCGAUCGGUUGAAUCGGAAAGCUCAGAAAGUGUUACGAGCAGAAGGGAAUACAGAAAGAAAACUUUUGCUGACAAGCUAGCGAUGAAAACCAGCCAAUACAGAUUUCCGGCAAUAAUUGAUAAGGAUUGGACGUAUGUAGAAAAGGAAUUUCCCAUUGGCUUUGAAGGUCCCUUGGGCAAGUUUAUACCCUCGAAAAAAUUCUGGCCCGAUCUUGAUCUAGAAUUUCGUGUUGGCGAAGUGACCGUUGAGCCGAGAGGAACCGACCUAUCUGACGUGCCUAGUUACUCCAUUCGAGAUGCCAGUACCCCAAGGGUGUCUGCAUUGUCUAAGGGAGUUUCCUUACUAGACAGUCAUGCUCGCCCAGUGACCUCUACUCCAGUGGACAAAACAAUUAUCCACGAGAUAGCCCCAGCAGCCCAUAAUGGUUUAUUAAUGUCACCAGCUAAAAGAAGACGCUUAGCGCCUGUUGUAAGAGUAGAAGAUAUAGAGCCUUUUAAAGUUCCCGAACCACCGCUGCCCGUGAUGUUGCCUGAAGAUCUACCACCAGAAGUCCCUGCUGAGAUAGCACACGAACAGUUGCCGAAGAAGAAACUACCUUCAACUCCUCGGGCUGAGUUUGGUCAGAAAUGGUACUCCGAAAUAAUUGGAAUCAUACACGAACAUUUCUCGAUAAAACCAGUAGAUAUAUGCAAAAUAUUGAGAAAACGGGUAUCCAGAUCGAAUAUGGCUAUAAUAUUCGCUACUUUGUUGGUUUUAUGCGAGCGGCAACUCGUCCUUCUACGAACUGUUCCUGGAUCUAGUGAAUUAGAUAUUGUAGAAAAAGCAUAAGACUAUUUUAUUGUUUUAAUUCCUCUAUUAACCAAACUAAAGCGAGUUUUUUCGUAAAUAUAUUAGUGUUAGUAAUUUUAGUAAUUUUAGAGGUUUUUUGGAUAACAGAAAAUAUCUUUCAGUUAAAUAUAAUUUGUAGGUAUUAAUUGAUUAAUUAUUGCAUUUAAAUAUUUUAAUUGUUUCAAUUGUUAAUACUCAUUGAUAGUUACAUCUGUAAAAUAGUAAUAUAUUUUAUUACUCGACUA